AUGGGGAAAGACGGAGGAGAGAAGAAGCGUGGAGAUGGAGAAACAAUGGCGGUGAUGAGCUUAAUGAAGGAUCAGCAGAAUCCAAUCCAGCAAUUCCAGGUCAAAUUCAAGGAGGUGGAGACUGGUUUCAAGUCGUGGCUGUCGAAGCAGAAGCUGCCGGUGGAAGCCGCCAUUGUCACCGCCAUGGGCGGUGUUCAGGGAGCUUUCAUCGGAGGUCUCAUGGGGACCCUAUCCCCUGAAAUGCCUCAAACCGGCGUCGACCCUCAAGCCAUGGCGUCGUUGAAGCAAACUCAGGCUCUUGUGGGGGGGCCAUUGGUCCAAGCUCGGAACUUUGCUGCUAUAACUGGUGUUAAUGCUGGUAUAGCUUGCAUCAUGAAACGGAUUAGAGGCAAAGAAGAUCUAGAAUCUGCUGUGGUUGCGGCGUUAGGAUCUGGAGUGGCGUAUUCUCUGGUGAGCGCAGGAUUACAAGGACAGCCUGGGAAUGCAAUCACCACUGCUGCUGGUUUCGCUCUUUUUCAGGGAGUCUUUUUCAAGUUGGGGGAAAGGUUCUCCAAACCAAGCGUUGAAGAUCCAUAUUACACCCGGGCGAGAUCUAUGCUGUUGAAACUGGGGCUAGAGAAGUAUGAGAAGAACUUCAAGAAGGGUUUUUUAGCUGAUCCCACUUUGCCAUUGCUCACUGACAGUGCGCUAAGAGAUGUGAGCAUCCCGCCUGGACCAAGGCUACUGAUACUAGAUCACAUCCAGAGGGAUCCUGAGCUGAAGGGAAAACGGGGAAGUCGUGGUUGA